AUGCUCGGCGGCAUGCGGGGUGGCACUCCUAGCAGCAGCCAUUCUCGUCGCCGAAGCGGUAGCGUGCAGUCGCUCGCGACCAUUGCCGACGAAUCUUCGAGCCCCAAGAACGCCGCUGCUCCCGUGGAAGCGCCAACGACGGCGACCAAAUCGAGGAGGGUGCGUACAGGAUGCUUGACGUGUCGUGAGCGGCAUCUCAAGUGCGACGAGGCGACACCUGAUUGUAUGAACUGCCGCAAGAGCAGUAGGGAAUGCAAGAGGGGCGUACGGUUAAAUUUCAUCGAUAUCCAGGUGAAGAACCCGCCGCUUCUCCCCCUACCCCUGAUUGGUCUGGAUGAGUCGAGAUCAAUAGCUUCCGAAUAUCUGGGAGGCCUUAACCGUUACGAUGUCCUUGGAAGGCGCACACUCACCCCGCCUAGGGAGGCUGAGGUUGAGACGGCGCUGAACCUCCAGAGGCAACACCAACAACACAGACGCGCCGCGAGCAGCAUGGCAUCUAUGGCCAUGCCGGAGAUGUCAAUGCGGGGUUCCGUAUUGACGCCGGCCUACGGCACUCCCGAGCUUUCCCAUGUUGAUGGGCCCCACACCAGCACCACCUCCUACGGUGGGCGGAAGUACAGGCAACAUGUCGCCAGAUGGCAUGGUGACCCCGCCCCUAGUGAGACUGCGCUGUCGGGCGACCGGGCAUACCUCAAUUCUCCUGAGGAGGUGUACUACAUGCAGGUCUUUGUCGAAGAAGUAGGCGUGUGGAUGGACUCCAUGGACAAGGAGAAGCACUUUAGCCGCCUCAUCCCCUACCACAGUCUGAAAUCGCCUAUGCUGCUCAAUGCAGUUCUUGCCUGUGGUGUCAAACAUCUAACCCUCGUGAACACGGCCUACAAUGACGAGAAGGCCCUCUUCUAUUACGAUACGGCAACCACGCAGCUCCUCCGCUCUCUGCAGAACCCAGACCGGAACACAGCUGAAUGUGCCACGGCUGCAGUCGUUCUUAAUGUGUACGAAAUCAUGUCGGAGAAGCCCGCCGCACGCAUGAACCACAUUGCUGGCGCUAGGGCGCUCAUCCGCGAAUGCGGCUGGAACGCCAAGAGCACGGGCGUGGGUGCUGCAUGCUUCUGGCUCAAUAUCGGCAUGGAAGUGCUCUCCUGUCUGGCUUUCAACUGGCAGACGGCGUGGGAUCCUGAUCAAUGGGGCGUCGACAUGGACUUUAGCCCGCCCGAUGGCGAUGAUGACCCUAGCGUCACCGACGACCAGAUCGGCAAGGAGGAGAUUUGGGUACAGCGCAUCUUUUACAUUGUCGGCAAGAUUGCCAACUUUAGGGCGACUAUCCCCAAGUUCCAGGAGGCGUCGCCGCACGACGAGCAGGUUCGCUUGGGAAACCGUCUGGCGCAGUGGCAGGAUCUCAAGAGGCUCUGCGACAACUGGAACAAUGCUUGUCCCAAGACCAUGCAUCCUUUUGGGUAUCUGUACCCUUCGCAGACGGAAUCCAAGUCGGCCUUCCCCAACAUCUGGCUCAUCAAGCGCGCCGCUAUCGUCGGCCGCGCGUCCGAAGAGAUGCGUGCCAUCCAGCUCCACCACGCCCAUCAGGUUUGCGGUAUCGUGGCCCACGUCAAGGAUCGCGGCGUAUCAUCCGUCGCCAUCCGCAGUCUUGCCAUCGCCUCGAGCGUGCUCUCGGACCCACGCGAGCAGGACGAGGUGCUUGAGAUUAUGAAGAAGAUCACCAAAGAGUCGGGAUGGGGUCUCGGUCGAGUCAUGACGGAGCUGAAGAAGGCUUGGGGCAGGGAUGCGGGUGUCGGCGGUGCCGCGACCAGUGACCGAGGUCCCACGCAGCCACAGCAGCAGGUCCCUCCUAUGCACCACCAGGCAUCGUCUGACCAGGCAAGCCAGCACCAGCAGCACAACUACCCCCACAGACGAGCGACGCAUCCUCAGCCACAUAUGCAGCAACAGCAGCCCCAACAACAUCAGCAGCAUCGACAGCAUCAGAUGCACACGCCACCCAUGUCCGGUCAGCAGCACCAGCAUCACCACCAACACCUUAUGGGCCCGUCUAGCUCAGCCCAGCAGUCGCCGCCAGUCAUUGCACCGACGCCGAUGAAGGCGCCGGUGAACCCGCUCUCGUUUGCGGACUUUAGCCUGCCGAACCAUCCGUACCAGAACUGGUACGAACCACCGAGCCGGGUAGCGACUACCAUGGCGACGACGACGGCGUCUUCUUUUAACCAGGCCUUUUUCUGA